AUGUCAGUGAGGGCCCUGGCGCCCCUCACUGACAUCACCCACAUCUUCUACGUCACGAGGGCCUCGCGCCACGGCUGGAGCAACGCCGAGGCCCGCGCCGUUAACCACGCCAUGCUCUCCAGCGUCCUCUCCGCCGUCGUCCCCAACGCCCCAGAUCUCAAACACAUCGCGCUCCAGAGCAGCCGCAACCAGUCCGCCGACCCGUUCCAGCCGCCCGUGUGGGGAGCCUUCUCCGAGGACGGGUGGCUCGGCCCCUACUCCGAGGACACCCUCAUCGAUGGCAUCGCCACCCGCGUGGGCGCCGUCACCUGGUCCGUGCACCGCCCCGCCACCAUCUUGGGAUUCUCGCCGCGGAGCUCCAGGAACUUGGUCUCCAGCCUCUGCGUCUACGCCGCCAUCUGCGGCAAGGAGGGUGCCGUCCUACACAGGCUCCUUCACGAGUGGGUCGCCGCCGUGCAAGGGAUCUGGGCGGCCAUGAUGGCGAGCCCUAACGAGGCAUUCAACUGUGGCAACGGGGACGUCUUCAAGUGGAAGCAGCUGUGGUCGAUGCUGGCCAGCCACUUCGGGGUGCGCUGGGCUGGGUACGAGGGGGAGGACCAGCGCUUCAAGCUAGAGGAGGCCAUGGUCGGGAAGGAGCCUGUGUGGGCGGCGAUCGUCAAGGAGAAUAGGCUCGUGGAGACGGAGCUCGAAGAAGACAUCACCACCUGGUGGCUCGUGGAUGCCGUGAUCAAUGCUGACAAGGAACAUGUGGAGACCAUGAACAAGAGCAAGGAGUUUGGAUUCCACAGCUUCUAUGAUGCUGUCAGGUGCUUCGAUACAUGUAUCAGGAGGAUGAAGGCUAGCAGAAUUGUUCCCUGA